GUUUUCAUAUAAAUCAGAUUUAGUUCUCAAAGUAAAUACAAUAUUAAUUGUGCUCGCAAUAUCCUCUAAAGCUACUGAAUAUAAAAACUCUUCACUCACAAUGGAAGCAAUAUACUGGUGUAAAUUUGAGGUAUUUGGAAAAGUGCAAGGCGUCUUCUUUCGCAAGUACACGGAGAAGCAGGCCAACAUACUGGGAGUGCGCGGUUGGUGCAAGAAUACGAAAGAGGGCACCGUAAAGGGUGAAUUGGAGGGACCGCUGGGACCGCUAAACGAAAUGAAACACUGGCUGCAGACCGAAGGUAGUCCCUGCUCAAAGAUUGAAAAGGUCAUAUUUUCACAAAACAUAGAAAGCGAAAGCUACCGCUUCAAUGGGUUCGUUAUAAGAGAUUAGACGGGGCCAACGUACUUAAAAUGAGCGAAAACUAUAUGGAAAUUGUUGCAACGUCCAAAUUUACAAGCCCGAAAACCACAACGCAGACCAAAUGAUUCGUUUCAUUUGUUCUAUACAAAUUACUUAAUGUUGGCGAAAAAAUUAAAGCUUCGUAGGUUUACUAAAAUUACUUAUAGGUCCUCAGAUCCAGUCUACAUACAUAUAUAAAUUCUGAUCGCCAAGUUAACUAAAAUUAAAAAUUAUCUAAUGCACCAGAAUUAAUUUGAUAAAAAAAAACAACUGGAACUAUUCAAAAUGCAACCAAUUACACAUUUUAAUUACUAUCUGCUAUCAUUUAUUCGUAAUUUCCAAUAUCCAUAAAGUUUAUAUAUUCCCACAAAAACAAUAA